UCUUUCCAUUAUCCAACUCAAUUGAACAAGAAUUGAAUACAUAAAUGUCAAAAAAUAUAAAAAACAGUAUUUUCGAGCAUUUUCUCAAAGCUGAGGUUGUUUAGACUCGGUUUGGCAGAUAUGCAGCGCUUGAAUAGCGUAGGCUAAGCUUGAAGGGUCAAGGGGCUUUGCCCUUCAACGGCUGGAACAGUCCUAUUUCACGUAGGAGAAAUUUUUAUGUCUGCACACAGGCUACAAAAGACAAAAGUACCUUAUAGCACAGAAUAGAAAUGUACCUUAUAGCAUUUCUAUUCUGUGCUUAUAGUGAUAGGUAACAAGCAAUGUAAUUAGGUUAUAUGAUUAAAACUUUUCUCUGCAGCUUACAAAAGAUGAAGUAUUCAAGUAUUCAACUCUUUGAGAACUAGAAAGAUGAUACCUUGCGCAUUCAGAGUUGAAGGUUCAUCUUCUGUCCUCGAUACAGCUGUCCUUUGUCCUCUACCCAUCUUUUGUCCUUUGAUAAAUGUCUUUUGUCUUCUAUCCAUAUUUUGUCCUUUGGUAGGCAUUCAUGUUAUGUGUUACUAAAAAUCUGUUGUUUUCAGGCGUGUUCUACUUAUUCUGGUAAAGUAGCACAAAUGCAGAAAUUUUCCGACCAAUUGUGUGCUUUAGGCAGCCCCCAGGUCAUGAGGUUUCCAGACUAAUACCCCCAUACUAUAAAAUCACUGAAUUGCUCCCUGUGCAGUUUUUUACCGAGCUUCGUCUUCAAGCUUCUUCCUGCCUGGGAUGCAGGUACCCUCAGAGUUUGAUAAAGUCAUGGAUGAAGCAGAAACUGAGCCAAAAACUAACGAAGGAAUCAAAGGUAUUCUCAAAGCUGUAUUUACAGCCCCUGAAUUGCCAUUUUUCAUGUAUGUGUUUGGUAUGAUGCUCCAUAUGCCACUUCUGCAGCAAUAUGCUUACAUGAGGUUCAGUCAGGAAGAGAACUUUCCAUACCACUAUUCUGCAGCACACAGCACCUGUGGGAAUCAUCAACUAAACAAAACAAUGAAGGCUUUGCAAGAAAAGGUGCAAGCAAAAAGUGCUUACUUCCAGAUAGGCCUAACUUUGUGCAAUACUAUUCCAUCCUUGAUCGUUUGCCUAUACCUUGGAGCUUGGUCAGACAAUGUUGGUAGAAAGCCUGUGAUAAUUCUUGCAACACUUUGUAGUUUUGUAGAGACAAUUUUUGUUUUACUGACAAUUAUGUUUGAUCUUCCGAUCCUGGUGGUAUACAUUGGGUCUUUUCUAAAUGGCAUGGGAGGAUAUUACACAAGCCUCACCUUUGCGGUAAUGGCCUACAUUGCUGACUCAACUCCAGCAGAUAAAAGAGCCUUGAGACUAGGUAUCAUGGAAGCCUUGGUUUUCAUAGGAGCAACAGCUAGUUAUUUUGCUAGUGGACAUUUUAUCAGCCAAUAUUUCUUCAAAAUUCCAUCAGUUCUUCUUGUUGUUUGCCUCGGUGUGGCCUGUCUUCUUGCUAUUUUUGCAAUGCAAGAGUCAAUUAAAAACAAAGCAGUUAGAACAGCCGGCUGUUCCACCGUGGCGUGUUUGAAGUAUCCGCUACAAGUAUGGCACACCCUUUCGAAGCCAAGACCUGGAAAAUGGAAGAUCAUUGUUUUUAUGCCAGCAACUAUUAUUUUGAACAUGCUUUCGAUUGGAAUUAGCCCACUUUUAAUGCUGUACACCAUGAAUUCACCGUUUUGCUUAAGCCCAAUAGAAGUCGGAUAUUUCAUCGGGACACGUUUUUUUCUCAUGGGUAUUGGUACAGCACUUGGCAUCAAAUCUCUUGGCCUUUUAAUGCAGCCUCACAUUGUUUCAUUGAUUGGGAUUAUAUCAUACAUUGCAUAUUAUACCUUGCUGGCAUUCGCACAAGACAAAAAAACUAUAUAUAUAGCUUGUUUGGCUGGGGUACUUUCCGGAACAGCUGGUCCGAUUUUUCGCAGUAUCUUGUCGAGGACGGUUAGCCAAACUGAGCAAGGUGCUCUGUUUUCAGCCGUCUCUUCUUUGGAGAUGCUAUUCGUUUUUCUUGGUAACUUUGCAUUCGGCGCUGUUUAUCCUGUUCUCAAUAACCUUGGGCAUCCUGGAGCCAUUUUCAUUUUGUUUGAUUGUCUUUUGCUAUUACCAUUCCUCUUGAAUUUGAUAUAUAUAAAAAGAAGAAAGAAUGAUGAAAGCCAAGAAGACCUUGAAGAGAUUUUUAAAGUGAAAGAGGUUGCCGGUUACUAUGGCACUGGCGGCUCAAGUCCUCCGCAGUCUCCUAAAGACCGUUAACCUCAAGUCGAUAUUUGUUCCCUCUUUAUUAAAAACAUUAUAUUGCUAGUUCCCUUGUUUAAUUCAUAUUUUCUUGUUCUGAUCUACCAGUUUUCAUUAAAAUUAUAACGUAGAAAAAAGACAAUGUUUGAAAAUUUUACCGGCAUAUGCGCAUCAACAUAAGGACAGAAGGGGCUGGGUCACAUAAACUUAAGCAAACAUUUCAUGCAGGACAGUCUGCGUGAAAUCUCGAUGCUUGCGGCAAUGCUGCCAAAUCGGAAUCAUGCUUAAACCAUUGGCUUUCAGAAUUUUUUACUGUUCGUGGACCGGGGCUUUCACAGACAGAUGUCUCUGUGCUGUCCUUUGACCAAACAGCCCGUUAGGACGUUCACUUCUUGUGAUCCCGCUGCAGUACAAACGGCUUUUUUGUGGACUGAUAAAUGAAAUGAU